CGUUCGGUGACGUGGCACGAUGGGCAGUGGAUGCUUCCGGCCACCCUAGACCACCCACCCGGUUUUCCACCACUGCGAACCCCCAAAGCUGGGGCCCGCACCUUCUCGUGGUCCCAUACACCAGCCCAUUAACUCACCCGGAGCAGCUUCCAAGGCCCCCGGGUACAAAUACCCAUGCGCCCAUGCUCUCUCCCAGGACUCUCCACUGCAAACUGAGUGAGGGAAAGAGAUAGCUGAAGUGACGUGAGUGGACAAUUCUCAAUGGCUGCUGUAACAAAGUCACAAUUCAUCUCGAAAGGCUCAUGCGCUGGCUAUGGGGGUGUCGUCGACUCUGAGCCAAGGACCUUCCUAAACAGAAGGGUUCUACACUUGAGGAACCAAACCACCGCUUACGAAGGAUUGAGAUCUCGAAAUGUGGUUGAUUUGAUUCAGAUGCCGUCUAAUGCCAAGGUGAUUUCAAGGAAAACUGUGAGGGGAACUCAGAAUCCUAGUCGUAGACCUUGGGCUGUUGUCAUUUGUGGAAAAGGGAUGAACAUAGUCUUUGUCGGCGCUGAGAUGGCUCCCUGGAGUAAAACCGGAGGACUCGGUGAUGUUCUUGGAGGACUGCCACCGGCCAUGGCUGCAAAUGGACACAGAGUGAUGACUAUAGCUCCACGCUAUGAUCAGUACAAGGAUGGGUGGGAUACAAAUGUCCUGGCUGAGUUAAAAGUUGGAAAUGAAAUUGAAAGAGUCCGCUUCUUCCACUGCUAUAAAAGAGGAGUUGACAGGGUUUUCAUUGAUCAUCCUUUGUUUCUUGAGAAGGUGUGGGGAAAAACUGGAGGAAUGAUAUAUGGUCCUGUCACAGGAACGGAUUAUGAAGAUAACCAGCUAAGAUUUAGCCUUUUGUGCCAGGCAGCUUUGGAAGCUCCAAGGAUUCUGGAUCUUAACAACAGCAGAUACUAUUCUGGACCAUAUGGGGAAGAUGUGGUGUUUGUUGCGAAUGAUUGGCACACUGGUCCUCUUCCAUGCUACUUAAAAAGUAUGUACCAAUCUCACGGGAUAUACAAGAAUGCCAGGGUUGCUUUCUGCAUUCACAACAUUUCCUACCAGGGCCGCUUUGCAUUCUCAGACUUUGCGCUGCUAAAUCUCCCUGAUAAAUUUAAAUCUUCAUUUGAUUUCACUGAUGGGUCUAACAGGCCUGUGAAAGGAAGGAAAAUAAAUUGGAUGAAGGCAGGAAUUAUAGAAUCAGAUAGGGUUGUUACAGUGAGUCCGUAUUAUGCACAAGAGCUGGUUUCAGGUGUGGAAAGGGGGGUUGAGUUGGAGAAUGCCCUGCGCAUGACAGGCAUAACUGGAAUUGUGAAUGGGAUGGACACUAACGAGUGGAAUCCCUCGAUCGACAAAUAUAUUUCUGUCAAUUAUGAUGCAACAAAUGUGAUGGAUGCAAAGCCUCUGAAUAAGGAAGCCUUACAAGCUGAACUUGGUUUACCUGUUGACCGGAACAUCCCUGUUAUAGCCUUUAUAGGGAGAUUAGAAGAGCAGAAAGGCUCAGAUAUUCUCGCUGCAGCUAUUCCUGAAUUCAUUGAUGAAAAUGUUCAAGUGAUAGUGCUUGGUACUGGGAAGAAGCUGCUGGAGCGUCAGCUUGCACAACUUGAAGAUAUGUUUCCCAAUAAAGUGAGAGCACAUAUGAAGUUUAAUGCACCUUUAGCUCAUGAAAUCAUGGCUGGAGCAGAUCUUCUUGCUCUUACCAGCAGAUUCGAACCUUGUGGCCUUAUCCAGCUUCAGGGCAUGCGAUAUGGAAUUCCCCCCAUGUGCGCAACAACUGGUGGACUUGCUGACACUGUCAUAGAAGGCAUCACAGGGUUUCAUAUGGGUCCCUUCAAUCCUGAUUGUGAUGUUGUCGAUAAAGAUGAUGUACAAAAAGUCAUUCAGACAGUGAAAAGGGCCCUCAAAGUCUACGGCACACCUGCAUUUGCUGAGAUGAUACAGAACUGCAUGACUCAAGACCUCUCCUGGAAGGGACCUGCUAAGAAGUGGGAGCAAUUUCUCCUAAGCUUAGGAGCUGCUGGUAGUGAAGCCGGCAUCGAUGCUGAUGAAAUAGCUCCUCUUGCAAAGGAAAAUGUGGCCACUCCCUGAAAGCGACUACUGUCUAUGUUAUAGUGUUUGAGUUUGAUCCUCCUGAAUAAAUUGCUAUUAUGCUCCAAGUUUAGUGCUGUCAGUGACUGUUUUCUCUCUAGCGAGGAAUAAAUAUUGUAAAUGAAGUACUUGUACAUAGUUUUGUGCUGCUACUUGAGAGAAAGUAUGACAUUUCACUCUAAACGAUUGCUUAUGUGAGAGGAGGUCCAAUUUACUGCUUUGAA